AUGGCGAGAGUGGAAAAAGUGUGGAGAAAGGAUGAUGAUGAUGAUAUCUAUCUAGUGGAUGAAAUGUUUUAUAAUACGGAAAUGAACACCAUUUAUGGUGAUAAAUUGGAUAAUUCGUUCAAUGAUGGCUCAUCCUCAGAAUCUCACGAUAUUCAUCCCAUGAAUCCCACUAAUGUUAUGUUCAAAGGACAACUUCAAAGUAAUCAGGUCAAUGAAAUGGUACCAUUGCCGUCGUUGAUGACCGCUGUCACCGCUAACUCUGCUAAAGCGAUUUCAACCACUCUGUGUCGAUAG